AUGCUGAGCAGCAACUUAUCUAAACCGGUACAGCUCAACAAAAAAAAUAUCUCUGGAGCAAAAGGCAACACUAAGAAAGGGGCAUUAAUAGAUGAGACUACAAAUCCUAACACACAUUUAAAAAGAAGGCCAAGUAUAGAUACAGCUAAUAAAGUAUUGCCAAAUAAAGAACAAACCGCUGCAAGUAAAGAAAUUUCAAACCUUGCAACAAGACCAGAACCUAUUUCAAAAGCUCUUUUGGAAGAAGCAAGGGCAAGAAGAGCCAGUAAACUUACGUUUAAGCAAGUUACCAGCUCUCCAAAGUCCAAAACCACAAAACAAAGCCCACAAAAAAAAGUAGUUAAAGCAAAGUCUUCUGUUGAAACUUCAGAAAAAAUUGUUGAGCCUACAAAGAAGCAACCAAUUAAAAAAGAGGUAAUUGUAGAUCAUUCUGAGGAAUUAAAAGAAGAAAUUGAAAGACUAUUGAAUGAAAUCUCGGAACUCAAACAAAAAGAAAAGAAUUAUAAGUCUCAAAUAGGUGAACUUAAAACAGAUAAUGAAGCAAAUCUUAAAAAAUUAAAAAUUCUUGAAAAGCAAAAGGAAGAACAAUAUCAAAAUAAAAGAAAUUUACAAUUAAGUAGAGAUUUACUUGAAUCUGGACAUCAAAAAAACAUUGAUAAAAUUCAAAAAUUAAUAGAAGGAUGUAGACGAGAACUUGCAUUCGGAAACGAAAGCUCCUCACGAAUAUACAAUUCUGAAAAGAUUUUGGACAACAAAUAUAAGUCUAAAACAACUAAGAGAAAGAAAGAAAAUGAUAUGGGAAUAAUGAACCUAUUAUUAUGUGAUAAUUCAUAUGAUAAAUUUUAUCUGGAACAACUAAUCAUGAUAGAAGAGAGUAAUGGAAAUAUCUGGGGUCUUAGCGCACGAGACUUAAAUGAACUUAAUGCCGUACUAAAUAUUUACAACUCAAAUGGAAUGACUUCAACAGAUAUUAAAUCACACUUAAAUAACUUGAGCUGGUUUUUAGAAAUUUCAUCACAAAAAAAUUCUAGUCUUCCUCAUAUUGCAAAUGCACUGGAUAAAAUAAGCAUGAAUAAGUUAGAUUUUAAAGAUUUUUUGCCAUUUUUAUUAGUUCCGUUAUUUUCCUCAAGUCAUUACAGUUACUUAGACCAACUUUUUGAUCUAUUUGACAUGGACAACGACUCAUUUAUUUCGAUAGAUGAUAUGAAAGGUGUUAUAAGAGAAAUAGAAUGGGAGGACGCAUUUUCAAUAAAUGAUAUCAGAUUCCUAUUGAAGCAAAUGAGUACAAAUAUUUUUAACAAAAACAUAGAUUCUGAAAGCAGUCACAAUAUACUAAUAAGCAGGGAAGAAUUCAAUGAAUUUUUCAGAUCUAUCCUUGAUUAA